AAAAAGUAAAAAAAAAAAAAAGGAUUAUAGCAAAAGUAAACCAUGCUAACCUAGCGCAAUGCCCUUUCUAAAAGUGCAUAGCCUAAUCCAACACUACGGCCACAAUUCUAGACUCGCCCACGGAACUGACUAGUACAGGCAAAAACUUCCUCUCGAUUUAAAUGUGGAUUGUCAUCAGACACUGGGCACUGUAUUCAGCACUACUUAACGAAAACCAGUUUAAAGGUUACACUUUUUGCUUUCAGAGUUGUGAAUUACUCGUGAUUUAGUGUGAUUAACCCGUCUAUGGCCACUCAUGUGACUAACGCGAUAAACAGAUGUGAAGAGGUUGAGAUGACGCUCUUUCCGAGGCUAAUUUCCAAAUCUCGGACAGUUUCCUCAAGCCAUAUCCCAACGACACGAGCAUUACAGGCGACUUCACAGUUCCUCUGCAUUAAUAUGUCCAAAAAUUUGCUGGUUUAAUGAGGGAACACGUCGGAUUCGGGUUGUUUGUGGAGUCGUGAUUGAUUGGGUGUGCAGCCGAGAAAGGGAAGGUGACACAGGACUGAAACUUAACGUUUGCUUGAAGAUAGAUGUUGGAACAAUGACUGUUGCUGAAGACAACAAUUGUUGCGUAUCAAUCUGUCAGUGUUUUUUUGACUAUUCGACACCGAAAAUAUUGGUAAUACGAAGUAAGAAAGUUGGAGCAAUCAAUCGCAUUACCCAGGCUUUAGUAAUUGCCUAUGUAAUCGGGUAUGUCUGCGUAUUGAAUAAAGGUUACCAAGAUACAGACUCCGUUCUCAGUUCAGUUACCACCAAAGUGAAGGGAAUUGCUUUGACAAACACGUCUGACCUUGGCCUCCGGAUUUGGGACGUUGCUGACUACAUAAUUCCGCCACAGGUACCAUCAAGAUAUAAUGAAGACGAGGAGGAGAGCUCAUUCUUUGUGCUGACAAACCUGAUUGUGACUCAGAACCAAACUCAGACCCACUGUGCAGAGAUCCCAAGCGUAGCUUCUAUUUGCUCCUCUGACAAGGACUGCAAAGCUGGAUUUAGAGGCCCGCGAAGCAAUGGUGUGCAGACAGGUACAUGUGUGAACUUCAAUCACACAGUUAAAACGUGUGAGCUCUUUUCCUGGUGUCCCUUGGAAAGAGACAACGAGCCACCCAAUCCUCCAAUGUUAUCAGAUGCAGAAAACUUCACAGUGCUGGUGAAGAAUAACAUCCGGUUUCCGAAGUUCAGCUUUAACAAAAGGAACAUCCUUCCACAUAUAAACAGCUCCUAUUUGGAGCACUGUGUCUUUAACCGCUCUACUGACCCAGAAUGCCCAAUCUUCAGGCUCAAAGACAUUGUGGAAGAGGCAGAAGAGGACUUCCAGACCAUGGCGAUUCAUGGUGGCGUGAUGGGGGUGCAGAUCAGAUGGGAGUGUGAUCUAGACAUGCCGUACAGCUGGUGUGUGCCGCGGUACAACUUCCGCCGGCUCGACAACAAGGACCCAGAAAACACAGUGGCCCCAGGAUAUAAUUUCAGGUUUGCAAAGUAUUAUAAAGAUAGUGACAAUAAGGAUAUGAGAACUUUAAUCAAGGGAUAUGGAAUUCGCUUUGACAUUAUGGUAUUCGGACAGGCUGGCAAAUUUAACAUUGUUCCAACACUGCUCAACAUAGGGGCUGGGUUGGCUCUCCUCGGCUUGGUCACAGUUGUUUGUGACUGGAUUGUCCUUACAUGCAUGACCAAGCGGCACCAUUACCGAGAACAGAAGUACACUUAUGUUGACGACUAUGGGCUGCUUCCUGAAGAAUAAGUGUGUCCCAUGGAACAGAUUAUCCAUCAUUGAAAUGACAACUGGGAAGUUGCAUGUUUCAAAUAUUAAACUGAUAUUAAAUAUG